AUGUACAGCGACACUGAUUCGGACACGGAAAAUCAAGGAUUAGAACUGCUAGAUCACAAUUUGGGUCUAAAAAUGCCGGAGAAAUCGAAGAAAGAAGUUUUUUCGAAAUCACACGUUGUGAAAUAUAAAUAUGAAUAUGAAUUUGAUGCCACGAAAUCAUUCAAAAAUUCGACGAAUUUUGGAGGAUUUUCGCAGGAGAACAAGGUAAAUUCAAUUUUUAAAGCGGAAAAAUCAAAAAAUUUCAAAAUUUUCCAGGAAGAAAACAAGGAUCUCAACGAAUUCCUCACAUCCAACAUUCUUUUCGAAACCUUAUCCUGUCAAGAAAACAAAAAUUCGAAAAAUAUUUGUAUACUUCAAUUGAAUGAUUUAUUAGCAAAUCUCGAUUUUUCAAUUCAAACAAUGUCGCGGGAAAUUGUGAAAUAUUCGAAAACACUGGAUUCCAAGAAUUUCGCCGAACUCGAAGCUUUGGGUUUUAUCGAUAAAUGGAAUAAGGAUGUUUUGAGGAAGAAUAUCUCGUCACUUUCAAUUUCGAUUCGUCUUUUGCAUUCGGAGUUGGAAGAUUUGGAAUUGCUUCUCACAAAUGAUCCGCCAGCACCAAAGAAGAAUUUUGGAUUUUCAAAGAUUUUCUGUGGUGUUGCUGUGAUUGGAGCUGCUGCUUUAAUUUGGAAAUUUGUUGGAAAAAGUUAG